AUGCCUUCGCCUGAGCCUCUUUCUAUAAGCAAAGGCAAAAAGCGUAUGUCGACUUCGACCCGGUCGACCCCAUCGAAGAAAGUGACGCGUAAUCCGUUCGAUGGCGACAUGUUGGGCUGGCCUUUGAAUAUCGAUACCUUUGAGCAUCUGCCAUCUCUUCGAGUGGCUCGUCGGGACCUAACCAAGUUCAUGGGGCUCAUCGAUAAGCAGAUCGCUGCUCUCGAAGAGGCCGAAGCGAACGAGGUUGUUCCUAAUCCCAAAGAUGACAUCGCGUCUGAAAUGACUGAGUCGAGCUCGCGGAAUGAUCAAAGCCCCCUGAAGAAGCUAUGCCUUGAACGGGAUGGCUACCGGUGCAUGGUUACUGGUAUAUGGGAUGAGAAAGCUGAGCAGAGAUGCCCCCCUGGUGAACACAUCGGGGGAACCGAGCUAGCCCACAUCAUCCCAUUUUUAUGGGGAAAUGAUGAACAGGGUGAGCAGAUUGAUGAACUUCUGCAUGAGUGGGAUGAAAUUCGCUACCUGGCAUUAGAUGGCAGUACGGAUCUCCAGAGCCUUCUGUCAUUACCCUUGCCUGCCCAGCCAGCGCUGGCCUUGCUGCCCGCCAUGCCGACCUCCAACACCUCCUCCCCUGUUAAGCGCCCGGGCCUGGCCCGCCGUGCUCUUUCGUCUCACGCUGUCGUCACGCGUACCUCGUCAGAUUCGUCAGAUACCCAUCCCCAGAAAGCGCCUGCCCACCGUCCCCGAGCCCACGUCGUCGGUGGCGGUCAUCGCAGUCACGGUCGCAACCCAUCUUUCGGAAAGAACUUAAACAAGCUCCAGCGACAUACUUCUGCUGGACAUAUUACAACCGAAGCAACUAUUCGUCAUCAUCAACGGAAGAAGUCCGCACCAGCGACACCGGCGGCAAGUCCACGCGGUGGUCACCACGUGCGUUGGGACUGUGGGUUGGACGCCGGCCAGACCGCGACGUCGUCAAUUAAAAGAAACAACUCGAGCCCUGCUCUGCGAAACCCUCGACGCAAUUCCUCUGGUGUUUUGGCAAAGAAAGCGUUGGUAACCGAUCGCCCAGCUACCAGUUCUGGGAAGAAGAAGACCGUUGGCUUUGAAUUGGGAGUUUCAGACAACGAAGACGACGAGGGCGAGUGGGAAGAUACGACUCAGUCGCCUGAGAGCACGAGACGCAGCUCAGUUGCUCAAUCCAAAGAUAGCGUGGAGAAUACUGCCGUACUGGUGGACCCCCUCACCUUUGUCAAGCGCCCGUAUCCUCAGGUCCCUCGUGCCGCGAGUAGCUUGCCGGAAUCAGCCUAUAGGAGCUUCUCGCGUGACGACCACUCUCCUGACGAGAGCGAUCAACAGCAGGAACAGCCUGCCUCGGAGCCCGAGGAGCAGAAGGAAGAGAUUGCCCGUUUGCCUGACCACAGCGACAUCGCAGCCCGUUUGCUAAGCCCUUCGCAUUCUGCUAGAGCACCUCCCGCAAUGUCUUCUAUUUCUGCAACAGUGAAGCCAGCUCCCGUUGACACAAUAUCUCGGAAUGCUUCCUUGACCAAUCUCGCCGGUCCCGAGGGCUUACGACGCCCUCUAUCCUCGUCAACCACUACGCUGGCGAAUACUCCGGGGAAUCAGACGAACGCGACGUCCUCGUCUAUGGAAGGGGGUGUUUCCAGGUUCAUCAUCAACAAUAAAACCGGUGCCCACGCAUCAUCGCGCACGGAUUCGGACCCAAAUACACCAUCAUCGUUUCUUCCACAUUAUCAUCCGCAGACCCCACCCUCUCCGAACCGCGGGACAAGAAAGCACAAAGCGUCGCCCCCUUCGCGACCACCAGGCACUGAGCCCCCUUCUCGGACUCAGCAGAAGCUUUGGCUGCAACGAACUGCUGCUUUGAAUACUUCUCCUCCCGACAGCCAUGGCAUAUCCACAACAGUCUCUCCUUCGGCAAUGGACACGGCUUUUAUGGCUGCAUCGCAUGGCCGUGCAGGGUCAGGUGUCUACGAGGCCAGCAGAGCGCUCGUCAACGGCUCCUCCCGAACCGGCGGAGAAACCGAAGCCAAGCACAUCCGGAAAGCAUACGAGAAAAUCGCACUAGAACUUACCGUCGUCCGAAGAUUCCAGUCUCCGACAAGCGACAGUUUCGCCCGCUUGGCCGCUAUCCUUGAUGACUCCAAGCCUCCUGUAACCUCCAAUUUCGAGCUUACAUCGUCACUCGGCAAACCAAUCAAGUCUGCACCUGCACUCACACAACUACAACAAGUUGGAAAGCAGCAAAGAGACACGCCAAGCCCCGAGCCAAGACAACUCAUCAGCCGAAAGUCCUCGGACUUGAAGAAAUCUGUGUCGCAGACAUACCUCGAAGAUGCCGACGACCCAAGUGACUCCAACAAAUCCCAACAUCCAUCCCAGCGCAUCCUUCCGACGUCCGACGAAGCCGCUCACGGGACCAACGCCACAGACGAGGACUUUGGCGACAGCUAUUUCACCAGUGAAUCAGAUAUGAUGAUUCGCCGCAUGUGGGAGAGCCGCGAGGUAGCUACUUCUGGCUAG